UCACUGUGUGGGCCUUGUGUUAGACGGCAAGCACUGAGUGCUUUGGUCCCACCUGUAGCUUCCUGGACAGGGAACAGGGGGAGCCUGCGUGAAGGCAUCCAGUCUGAUCCUGCUGGUUUGGGGUUGAUACUCAGAAACGGCGCUCUCCCCACCCCUGCGGACUCCCAGACCCAGAGGCCCCACCCCCACCACAGCACUCUGCUUCGCUGGACCAACCUCUAUCCUGGAAACUUCCUGUCCGUCCCUGAUUACGGAUUGGAAGAACAGUUGUCUGGGAUCUGACCUUUAACCUUAGCGAGGGUGGGGGUUGGGGCCUCCUGUCUGGGCACGCGUGAUUGGGAUUGAUCAGGUGAGCGUAGUGACCGUUGGCGAGGGCCGUGGUACAGCUGCGCCACCAAACGGGAAAAUGUCUGAGAAACUCAGAAGAUGCAGAAAGGAGCUGGCUGCAGCCAUUGACCGGGCCUUUGAGGGCGUCUGUCAUUCCCAGGAAUGCACAGGCCCCCCGAGGCCGGAGCCGGACGCAGCGCCGCCCACCCUUUCCCUGCCUGUGCACCGGCUGCUCUGCCGCAGGCACCCGCUGGUUUCUUGCGCCUCCGCGGCACCGUUUACCACUGUCCCGUGUGCUCCUGAGAAUGAGAACGCUGCCAUGCUGCCCACCCAUGUCCCACUGGGGGCAAAACCACACGCCUUGGGUCCCAAAAGAAAGCCUCUGGUCAGCAAGGAGAACAUGCUGAUACAUCCCUGCGCGCUGGCGCCUGGAAGACAGUUCUGGAGAUCAGCGGGCGAUGGGGAGCUGUGGCGGAAGGAGACUAUAAGGAAAGAUGCAGAGAGAGAGUUGAACGUUGAGUCAAACCUGCCUCUCACCAGUGCUAGCCCAGAGGUCACGAAGGAUCUGCUGGACAUGAUAGACCACACAAGCAUCCGGACCAUUGAGGACCUGGCUGGGAAGCUGGAGUUUGAGAAUGAGCUGGGCCGCGUGUGCAGCCGCUGCCAGGACUCACCCUUCAAGGAGGAGGCCUGGGCCCUGCUGGUGGACGAGAGUCCCGAGAGGGCCCCAGGCGCUGACACCUUCGACGAGCACAACAUCGUCGAGACUGUUCUGGACCUGGAAGAAGACUACAGUCUGAUGAGCCACUUCAAAUACCCGAUGGAGUGAGGGCAGUGGCCCUGGCCAAGCUCCUCUAAGGGGUGGGGUGGGUGUGCAGUGGCAGCCACAAUGGCAGCCACGGGGCUCAGCAGGGAGAGUUCUGUUCACAAGGUUGUGAGAACUAUUGUGGCCACUGCCUUUGCCAUGCAUGAUGGGGGCGCUGUUGGGGUAGAUAACUCAGUUCUGGUAGUUAUGUUAGUUUUAAAUGUUCCUUAUUGUUUGUUGUUUUUGGACUUCUGCCAUCUUGAAAGUUGUUUUUCUUUUUUCACCUUUUGAUUUGUGUUCAAUAUACCCUAGCCCCAAGGUGGGCACAGG